UUUGAACUAUGAUUUUGAAUCAGUGAAACUAAUAGGUCUCAUUAAUUUCUGUGGAUUAAUUGUAUUUUUUAGGGAGGUGUAUGAAGUUCAAACUCAUGUGUUUUUUGGAAGUAAAUUGCUACUAGUUUUAAUGAGAUAUUACUUAAAUUCUAAUUAAUUGGAGUGGUAAAUAGAUUUUUAGUUACCAAAAUAAAGUGAUGCAACAUCAUUAAGAACAAACAUGAUCUUACAAUGAACAAAAAUAUAUUUAUAAAUGAAUAUACUUAAGAUAAAUUAUACAUUUAGACACGAUUAACACCAAGAUACAUUUAAGUUGUGCAGAAGAAGACAUUUGUAACAAUUUUGUAUUGAAUACAGAACAUGAGGAUGAGUCGAUGAUGAUAACAUCUUUUAUUUUUUGGGUGACCAAUAAUAGCUUUAAUGUUUGUUAAUGUUCAUAAUUACAUAUUUUAACACGGUCUACAAAAAUAACGAAAUGCUUAUAUAAUAUGUACCUGUCUUUUUUUUUCUUUUUUCUGUUUUUUUGAUACUCAAGAAGUUUAAUACUUUUUCUAACCAGCUACUCUUUUUGUUCACUAUCUGAUAUCUUUAUUUUUGCUUAAUGUUACGAUUUGAUACUUUUUCCACCUCACUCGGCUUACUCAUAAUAAAUAAAAGUAGAUACAUUGAGAAUAGGUUGGGGUUUUGUCCAUAAUUUAAUUAUGUUAACCCAGUAUUCUUCAAACUAUCAUAUUUUGUGCUCUACAGAAGCCAGACUUAAGGGUGAAUGGUCUAAAUCACUCUUUGUCCAUGCACUCGAGCGUUAUUGACACUCUCCAGUACAGCAGGUGGCGCUAUGGACUGGUUUAAUCACCGCUUCCAGAGAUGCUGCUUCCCGUGUCCUCUCCACACACAGGCCAGUGCCUCGGAUAACUAUCAUGGACAGGUUUUACAUGUAUUUCUGGAUGGUAUCAGAAGACAAACCCGGGGUGUCUGAAGGCGUAUGAAAUAGACGUAAAAAGUAGGUCAUGGAUUUCCCGGGACAUUUUGAGCAGAUCUUCCAGCAGCUGAACCACCAGCGGCUGCAUGGACAGCUGUGUGACUGCGUGAUCACGGUUGGCAGCCGUCAUUUCAAGGCCCACCGUGCCGUGCUGUCCGCCAGCAGUACGCAUUUCCGAGCUCUGUUUACUGCUGCUGAAGGAGACGCCAGUACGAGGAUGAUCCAUCUGGACUCAGAAGUGGUGACGGCUGAAGCGUUUGCUGCACUGAUGGACAUGAUGUACACAUCCACGCUGAUGCUAGGAGAGAGUAACGUCAUGGAUGUCUUGCUGGCCGCUUCUCAUCUGCAUCUGAACACUGUGGUGAAAGCUUGUAAGCACUACCUUACAACUCGCACUCUACCCAUGUCUCCCCCGGCAGACCGUGGUGGUCAGCAUCAUGCCGAGACGCAACAAGCAGUAGCUGCCAACUCUCAUCUCCAGCGCUCAUUUCUGCUGCAACAGCUCGGCCUGAGCCUGGUCAGUUCUGGGGGAACAGGGACCGGGAGGAGAACAGGUUCAGCAUGCGCUAGCGGGUCGGUAGAUCAGCAUGGUUCUCAUCCAGCACGCCGUUUCCUGAAGCGCAAACAGCCCUUGUCCCUGAUCGCUUCGGAACAGGGGAGGCCACGCCUCUCCUCGCAGGUGCAGGGGAUUGUGGGGCAAUCAGAGGGGCGUGUGGGUGGAGAGAAGCUUCUGUCUCCGGAUUCUCACGGUAAAAUAGUGGAUGAGGUCGUGGCUGGGGUUGAUGGAGGUUUACUAGACCACGAUGAGUAUCGAAGGGGACUGACCCAUGAAGACGUGCAGCUUCCCACUCAGUCAGAUGGAGGGAGGGGAGCAGGACCGGAAAAAACGCUGCUGUUGCCGCGUAAAGAGGAAUACCCGGAUACGAGCCAUCACCAUAGCGAAGGGAUGAAGAUAAAGAAUGGAGGUGAGGAAGAAGAAGAGCAGCAGCAGCACAUGCAGGUCGUGGUCAAGACUGAGCCAAUGAGUUCACCCGAGGCUGUCGAUGAGACUAGUGAUGUCACGAGUGACCAGGUGGAGCCAGCUGGAGAAAAGCUGGAGCUGAGUCCAGAGGGCAGUGAGCGCAGCUACUCCGAUCCCCAGCCCAGCUCUGAGCUGCUGAUUAAAGGAAACAAGGGCUUAGGAGCACCAGAAGACAGAGGAAGAGGAGAGCAGCUCUCCUGCAGUGAUGCUCUGGAGUCCUCCGGAGGACUGCAUAUUUCCAGUUUCCUCAGCACAAAGGCCUUUGCUGGCAGAGGGGCGUCAUCUAACCUUGCUUAUAGUGUUGACAAUAUUCCCAACACUACAACUGGAGAGUUUCAAGCAGACCACGAUUCUGCUCGCUUCUUCCUCCCAAACGAUUCCAUCAGCACUUCAUCUUCCUCUCUGCAGCUCUUUCCAGGCGAUGCACAGGUCUGCUCUGACCUGCAGCCAGAGUCACUUCUUCUGCGGCCGCUGCAUGAUGGAACAGCAUCAUCCUCUUCAUUAGCAACGUCCCGUGGUGGAUCGGUGGACCAGCUCGCGCUUGAGUUCCAGCGAAACAUUUUGGGAAUACAGGCCUUCCCUCAUUCAUCCAGGGGUGGUGGUGGAGGGUGCCAAGCAUACAGACGCAUCACUCCCAAAGGUGCUUCAAUGCUUACAGACAGCCCUCAGCAAUUUGCUGCCUCCUCAUCCUCUUCCUCCUCAAUGCUUCUCAAUGGAGUAAACUUUGAGGGUUCCGUCCCCGCAGGUCAAAACGACGGCAGCUCAAACUUGAACCCGCUCCCCCGGUUGACAAGAGCCUCUGCAGAUGUUCUGUCAAAAUGUAAAAAGGCACUUUCCGAGCACAAUGUGCUAGUGGUUGAAGGUGCGAGGAAGUACGCCUGCAAGAUCUGCUGUAAGACGUUCCUCACUCUGACGGACUGCAAGAAACACAUCCGAGUUCAUACGGGAGAGCGGCCGUACGCCUGUCUGAAAUGCGGCAAACGCUUUAGUCAGUCCAGUCACUUGUACAAGCACUCAAAAACAACCUGCUUACGAUGGCAGAGCAGCGGUAUGUCUAACGGCCUGCUCUAAUUCAACACGAUCGCAGGCACGAGCUCACUCCUCUUAUUCUACUGAAUGAGAUGAUCAUCCACCUUUAUAGUAGCUAUAGGAACUGUUUUAGGUGUUUCAUGACUGUAGUAUGUUGUUAACAUGCCAUUUUUGUUUUUUACUAAAUGAAGGGAUGGUUCACUCAGAGAUGUUAUACUAAACUUGACUUAAAGAUAAAGUGUUUGCACAUUCUUUUGGUUGUUGUUCAUUCAGUAAACAUCAGUGGGCGCCAGUGUUUUUUGUGGACAAAUUCUUCAGAAUACUUUCUUUUGUGUUCUGAAAGUAAGUCAUACAGGUUUGGAACGACAUGAGGGUGAGUAAAUGAUAACAGAUUGUUCAUGUUUGGGUGGACUGUCUGUUUAAGUUUCACUGUGAGGUGUUUUUAAUUGAAUACAGAGAUGGAGAUGUCUGCUUUAAGUGUUGCACGCAGAUGUCAGAACAUUAGUAGCCAAAUCAAAUGUUAUGAGAAUAGAAGCUUUGAUGUCAGAAUUGAACUUGCGGCUGUGUAGCUAAUCUAUUUUAGCUUCUAAUGUUUUCUGUUUAUUUUGAUCUGAAGCUUCAAAAGGAGAGUUAAGAAAGGUUAAGAACCACUGCUUUAAGCUUUGUUCCAAAACCAAGCGAGCAGUCUGGCUGUUUACUGCCUAUAUAACUGAAACUUCACAUUGGAAAAUUUGGAAGGAACAUAAGCAGUUGUUCUGCGUGCCACACAUAGUGCUUAUUUGUUGCUUUCACUUGUGAAACUUUUUGUGUUCCUCCAAGAAACCUAUCAUUUUAUUAAUAAGAAAAUAUCAUUACUUACAGUUGAUCGCAAAGGAGUUUGACACAAAAUCCAUUUCAAUGAAUGCUAAUGGCAGCUUUUUUGGGCAUCCAAGUCUCAAUCCGAUCAAAUUGUAAAAUUAAAUCUCAAAACUGCUUGCCACAUAACGUUUCAAAUCAGCAACAAAAUCUGACCCAUAAAUGUUUUUUUUUAUUAUACUCAAAAAGCUUAUAUUAAGGUUGUGUCUGGAUACUGACUCUUUCUGUGGCAACCAGAGAUCCUAACAGCCAUUUUACCAAUUGGCUCUUUUAUUUAGAAGGUGGCACUUAUUCCACCAAGUUUUUAAUUGCACUCAUAAUAAUUAGUUCACUUUCUCGUAUGUCCAAAAUAUUUGCUUUGAUGUUAGAAUAUUGCGAAGCUUACAGUGUGAUUACACACUAUUUUAGGGUAAAUAUGUUUUUGAUAAAUAUUUUUAAUGAGUAUUUUAAGUGUAUUUAUUAUCAUGCAUUUUAAAUCCCUUUUUCCCACUGAACUUUGCACAAUGCAUUCUAGCAUUGCCUUCAUUGUACGGGAUAUAUGUGAUGCUGCUUUAUAAUUUGGCCAGCACCAAAUUCCUUAUGGUUCAGUCUUCAAAUCAAGAGAAUGGCAAUGAUGCCUUAAAUGCUACCUCGGUUGUCAGCUUGCAAGGUUUUGGCACACCGCUAAUAUGCAGAUGAGUAGCCUAACAGAAUCACUACUGUUACACCUUUACUGUUACAAGUAGUAAAAAUAAAUAUAUCUAUUUUGGUUAUAAGACAAAUGUUGACCAUAUUUGAAAAUACAGCAGAAUUGACAUUGUUACCUCAGUUUAACUAAACUAAUAAACACUUUGUUUCUUGAUUGUCAAUUGACACCUAAUGAUUAAACACACCAUGGUGUUUUCUAUGGACCGUAAUCAUUCUGUCAGUAUUCUGAAAAUAUGUAUAAUAUAUUCCCUUUUGCACAGAAGAGGUAUAUGUUUUUACUAAAGCACUGUGUAUUUGUACCGGUUUCUGUUGUAUUUGGAUUUGCAGAUAAAAGUCAUAAACGAAGCACUGCAUAGAAGGACAUUCAGCCUGACAUUCUCAGAGCGUCCUCUGUUUUUUUUUCUCAGUUAAAGCUUACAUUGAUGCCUCUGUGGCUGAAAAUACAAAGUUCUGUCAUUAAACUCUAUAUGGCACAGACCAAUAGUUCCCAACUAAAUCUGAUAUAAUCACAUCAUUAUACACAUGGCACAGCUGAUUGGUUCCUUUUCCAAACAGCAGCCAAUGAGCUUGCUGCUCAGAAUUCAAAUACUCGGCUAGUUCUUCCUGUAGCAGGGGCGGAGCACUUCAGAAACCCUCCACCUUCCCCAGCUCCACCUGUAUAGACCUGCUACUUUUCAAAAUGCAUUUUAAAAAUAAACCGUGAUUUGAUGUAAAUGAAAAUAGAUGUUCAGUCACUGUAUUAGUGGUUAUGGAUACUGUUAGAGGUAAUAUAACAGUCUUGUCAUAUACUGUGUGAUGUCUGAGUGUUGUCUUCUGUGAUGUGUUUAAUGAUGUACUGAGAGUCAGAGUCCUUAAAUAUUCAAACGAAGUGUAGCCGUUAAGAUUUAGAAGCUGCUUUUAUAAACCUUCCUACCUGUAAAUAAGCUGUUACUGCAGAAUUUUAGUGUUGUGUUUAUGUCAUCUUUUAUUUGAUUGUAAUAAUGAUUUUGCCUUUAUGAUAAAUAUUGCCCCUCUUUGAAAUUUUGUUAAAUUGGAUGGACUUAAAGAUCCUAAAUAUGUAUUAAAAUUAUAACCUACCCCCUUAUGAAAGACUAUAAAUUAAUCCAAAAUAAAAUGAGAUACAUAUAAGUCUAAUUUAUGGUACUUUAUUUAAUUUUUGAGUGGUGUUGUUUUAUUUGCAUGAAUGUUGACACUUGAGUGUUCAUGAAAAAGUUGUGUUACAACACUCCUAAUAUGUGACCCUGGAACACAAAACCAGCCUUAAGUUGCUUGGGUAUAUUUGCACAAAUAGCCAAAAAUAAUAGCCAUCGUAUGGGUCAAGAUUAUUCAUUUUUCUUUCAUGCCAAAAAUCAUUAGUAAAGCAAAGAUCAUGUUCCAUAAAGGUAUUUUGUAAAAUUCCUCCCGCAAAUAUAUCAAAAAUUCAUUUUUGAUUAGUAAUAUGCAUUGCUAACAACUUCAUUUGGACAAAAAAUUUUUAAAGGUGAUUUUCUCAGUAUUUCCAUUUUUUUUUUUUGCACCAUCAGAUUACAGAUUUCCAAAUAGUUGUACGUCAGCCACAUAUUAUAAGAUCCUAACAAACCAUACAUCAAUGGAAAUCUUAUUCAGAUGAUGUAUAAAUCUCAGUUUUGAAAAAUUGACACUUAUGGUUUUGUGGUCCAGGGUCACAUAUAAUCAGCAAAUAUUCUGUGCAUAUCAGAAAUCCAAAACAUGUUUGAAACUCUCAAUUUACUCAUUAAUUGUCAAACAGCAGUUGACCUUAAAUGUAUGUGCAUAUGUGUUAAAUGUAACUAAUUAUACAGGACUUUUUCUUUAAAUGACCUGAAUCACAAUGGAAGUAAAACCAACUGCCUUAUUUGAUUUUUUUUAAAUUGAUGCUCAGAUCUAGAGAUACCAUAAGUGAAUGAAUUAAUGUGAGUCUGUGUAAUGGCUAUGAAUCGCACAUUGUUAGAGCACUCAUUUUUUCCACUGGCUUAAAGAAGAAUUAAGUGAAUAAAGUCAUGAAGAAUGCUAUUCAUUCAGUCUGUCUUUUCAUCCAUAUUUUGUCUUAUUUGAAAAGGGACGACUAAAAAGUUCCAAACUGGCCACAUAUUUAAGGACUGAAAGACUUGAAUCUCAGUAGUGUUUGCUCUUUGUAGAUGAUUGAUCUCAGCCUGUGAACCUUGCCUGUGUGCUCACAAACACUGGGCUUUUGAUGUUACAGCACAAACGUGGGUUCAGCAUUGUUAUUCUUUUAAAUGAAUAUUUCAUCUAAAAAAGACAGUUCUGUCAUUAUGCUAUAUGCUUUUUUUAAACCAAGCCACAGUCCAUGUACUCCAGUUUGCUUCUCAUUUGUUUGACAUUUAUGUUGUACUUCUGACAUUUAUAGACUCAUUUUCUAUAUUUUUUGAAUGGAUGCAGGAUAUACAAGUUAUUGGCCAAUGAUAGACUAUAGGUAUCGGUCAAUAUUUCAUUAUUAAUUGUGAUGCUCAUUUUCUAUAUUUUUUCAAAGCCACCUAAUUUACCUUUGACAUCAAUUAACACAAUAGAUCCACACUUAUGUUCAAAACCACUAAUAAUCAAAAACGUUGUUAUAAGUCAUCUUUAGCACAACUCAAAAUGCAUAUCCAUUUGUAACAUUGAAAAAGAUUAUUUUGUCAAUUCAAAAUUAUAGACUGGCUAUUUAUUGGUUAUUGGCUUUAACAUGUAAAUAGUUAAUUUGUCAUUUUUUAAGGCUUUGGACAGUUGUGGUCACUAUGAGCUGUUCUCGUAUGGAAAAUAUCUGUGUGGAGAUUUUUCAGAUGUUCUCUGUGUCCCAUUAAAAAAAAAAAAAAAAAAAAAAAAAAAAAA